UGAGCCAGCCGAACCGCCCGACCUGCAGCCCCGCGCUGCCUCUCCGCCCGCGCCCCUGACCCCGCACCGCGACCGCACCACACCACCGACCAUGAAGAGGCAGAACGUGCGGACCCUCGCCCUCAUCAUCUGCACUUUCACCUACCUGAUCGUGGGCGCCGCGAUCUUUGACGCGCUGGAGUCUCAGGAGGAGACAACCCAGAAGGAGACGCUGGACAUGAUGAAGCAGGAGCUGCUCAGCACCUUCAACCUCUCCAAAGAUGACUUUGACCUGCUGGAGAAGGUGGUGCUGCAGCUGAAACCGCACAAAGCCGGCGUGCAGUGGAAAUUCGCAGGCUCCUUUUAUUUUGCCAUCACGGUGAUCACGACCAUAGGAUAUGGCCAUGCAGCCCCCAGCACAGAAGGAGGGAAAAUCUUCUGCAUGCUCUAUGCCCUCCUAGGCAUUCCCCUCACUUUGGUCAUGUUUCAGAGCGUUGGUGAGCGGAUCAACACCUUCGUCAGAUACCUGCUCCAUCGCCUAAAGAAGUGCCUUGGAAUGAGGCGCACUGAAGUCUCUCUGGCCAACAUGGUGACCAUUGGUUUCAUAUCCUGCAUGAGCACGCUAUGCGUGGGGGCGAUGGCCUUCUCCCACUUUGAAGAGUGGAGCUUCUUUCACGCGUACUACUACUGCUUUAUCACACUCACCACCAUCGGGUUUGGGGACUACGUGGCACUACAGAACAAAGACGCCCUGCAGACCAAGCCGGAGUACGUGGCCUUCAGCUUUAUCUACAUCUUGACGGGCCUGGCGGUGAUUGGAGCCUUCCUCAACUUAGCAGUACUGAGAUUCAUGACAAUGAAUGCUGAGGAUGAGAAAAGGGACGCCGAGCAGAGGGCUCUUCUCGCCCAUAACGGUCAGGUGGGUGGGCACAUUAACUGCUCCGUAGACCCGGUCUCGCCCUCCUCCACGCCGCCUGGUUGUGGCAGUGGAAGUGCAAUCGGAGGGAGCAGCGGAGGGGCUGCGAGCCGCGGCUUACGUAACGUUUACGCCGAGGUUCUCCACUUCCAGUCCAUGUGUUCCUGCCUUUGGUAUAAGAGCAGAGAGAAGCUGCAGUACUCCAUCCCCAUGAUCAUCCCACGUGACCUCUCCACAUCGGAUACCUAUAUGGAGCAGGGGGAGGCUUUCUCCAACCCUCUGCACUCUAACGGUUGCGUGUGCAGCUUGCACCAUCACUCAGGCAUCAGCUCGGUAUCCACAGGUUUGCACAGCAUCAACACCUACAGGAGACUGAAUAAACGCAGAAGCUCUAUCUAAACAGCUGGAAAACUUUGUUUUACAGUCUUUUUGCGUGCAUCACCAUGUGAGGUAGUCCAGCUGGAGCAGACCAUCAAAGGAACAAAACAGCAGAACUACAGAGAUCUAACUCUACCAAUCUGGGUUUUGUUUUGGAAUUAAAUAAUUUGGUGGCUUGGACUCAAGACGUGGUUCUUCCAUUGAUGGAGCACAAACCUUGUAGUAUUAAGAGUCACACUAAAGCUAAUGGUUAAGUGGCAUUUACUACACGUCUUCUGACACUGUUGCACGUCGGCAAUAUCUUAACUCUAAAAUGAGCAUUUUUGUUGUCAGUAAGUAUGGAUAUGGACUGAAAGAGACGGAAAAGCACUGAGGGAUAUGUAUUAAGAGGAGAAUUUUAUAAAAUAAAACAGUUUCUCAAAAGAAAACUUAUUAGUAAGGAACUCACUUGAUGAGUCAAAGUAAAAUGUGUGUAUAUAUUUGGACACUUCACAUAAAACUUAUUUUUUUCAAUGAGAGCUUUCAAAAAUAUGAAAAAAAACAAUCAUGUUUUUUUUCUUGUAUUUAUUUUUCCACAAUGCAGAUUUUUCUUCCAUGAGACCCUAACUCUAGAUCAAAUGAUAUAUCUCACUGGUUUAAGAUAGCUGACAAAAACACUGCCUUGCAAAAGUAUCUUGAACUUCUUCAUGCUUGUCACAUCAGAAUCAUUCAUUUCAAAGCAUAUUAUUGGGGUAAUAUGAGAAACAAAAAGUUGCUUGCAAAUGCGAAUGUGGCUUUAAAAUAUUUUGUGAGUGAUAGCCUUAAAAAGUUUGCUGUGAAUUUUUUAUUGAAUCUCAAUUAGUUAAUUUAAAUGACCUUGUUUUUCCAUGACUUAAUCUGCAAAUUUUUGUCUGAAACUUUUGACUACUCUUUUUCCAAAACAUUUCACCCUCUGUCGGGUGGAGGGGGAGGAAGGGUUCUUGGACAUCGGUUUUAAUGUCCACAGAUUGAUAAUCGUAAACUUUUCCAGAAUUGUUCAGGCUUUUUGUUUAGGAUCCUUGUCAUGAUGGAAUGUAAAUCUUAAUUCAAAGCUUUACCCUUUACAGCCACUGACAGUUUUACCCGUGUUUUCCUUAUCCACCUUCCCAAUAAGCUCCGACCACCAUUCCUGUUCAUAAUUAUCCACACAGCAGGAUCCUGCUGUUUCAUAUUUUAAUUUGGGCCAGAAAGUACAAUUUUGGUCUUAUUGGACUAGAGCACCUUUUUCUGCAUGUGCCCUUCAUGGUUUAUGACAACCUGCAAACACAAGUUGUCUAAGAAUGAUUUUGUUCUUGCUUCUUUUCUGCUAAAGUCAGAUUUUUGGAUUACAUGCCCAAUACUGAGGACAUAUUCUUCAGGUUUUCUGGUUCCUUCUCUGAUUGGUAAAUUAAUCAGUGCUCUGUGUCAGGGACACAGCUUGAGAUUUAGUUUUAUAGCAAUACACUUCUUUGAAUUUCUCUAUAUUAUUAUUCUUGAGCUUUGUGGAGUGAUUGAUUGUCUUUAUUCAUUGAGGGGCAUCAGCGUAAAGAGGGGUGAAUCAAUAUCCAAAUAAAAGACUUUAAGAUAUAAAAAAACACUUUGUAAUUCAGCAGUACUCAUAAAAUCCCAAUAAAAUGCAUUACAUUUUUAGAUUAUGACAUGACAGAAAAGUAAAAGGGUAAAAACACAUCUGCAAAACACUAUAAAGACCCGACAUGCAAUGUCACCAUUGGCCAUUAGGCUUCCUUUGCCACUUUUUUCCUUAGCUUUAUGAAAUUACUAUGAAUUUAUUUUUUCAUAGGAUGUUUUAUGCAUUAAUCUGAAUUAUGUACAUGUUCUCACCAUAUGUUUUUGUGUAGCUGGACUAUAAUCUGAUAUCUUAAAUCAGAGCAUGUAAGCUCACCUGUGUAUUGUAGAAAGGCAUAUCGUAUUCACUGCUGCACCUUAGAGAACUGUUUGUGCUUCCAGACACUGGGAGUCAGUGUCUGACAUAUUUGAUUCUUUUUAAAUGAAUCCCACCAUGUUGUGUUAUGUAAAUGAUAAGACCUAAUUCAUAUUACUUGUUGGGGAAGUGGGAGGCAUUUGGGUUGAUGCUCUGUACUUUGUGCUCCUCAUAAACAAAGAAACAGCCUCAGAUUUUGCACGUCUUGCACUUAAAGGGGCGGUGGGGCAUUCUCAAGCCCCACAUUCACUUGACUCAACCAUUUGAGGUCUUUUAUGUGUGUUCAUUUUGUUUCAUGGAAGAAUCGACAUUUGUCUUUAUUGUAUUUCUGUAGUUUAUCUUCACAGUGAGUCAUUAUGGUUUUCAGUUUUCUGAAGUCCAUUACUACAGUAAACCUGUUAGCGUUUUUCAGCAACUCACUACUUGAUGAGAAGAGUUGUGUGUGUUACAUGUACAUGUUUUUGUUUUCU